AUGAUGGGAUUUUCCCUCAGCGAACUUAAGGAUCUCAUCGAAGCAGCACUGGAAUGCAACAUCUUUUGCUUCGACAAUAAGUUCUACAAGCAAAAACGAGGCCUUGCCAUGGGUAACCGCAUAGCACCUGUGUUAGCAGUCAUCUUCUUGGACCACAUCGAAAAGUCAUCAUUAACUAGUGGAAUUUUGUUCUACGAACGUUAUAUUGAUGACGUAUUCAUUAUCGGAACAACGGAAGAAGACCUUGUGGAAACAUUGAAGAGACUCAACUCUCUUUGA